AUGGCCAAGCAGGUGGAGAAACCGGACGAUCUUUACGCCACAGAGGUGCUGACAGCCGAUGCGGCCACUGAUCCAUCCUCACCCGAUAUUGACGAGAAGGACGAAAAGUAUGACGGCUACGUCAAGCCAAGUGAGCCGGUCGACGUAGACGAGGCCAAGCUGGACGACUUUAUCAACCGCGACGAAAAAUAUGACUGGGACUCGGAAGAGUUUCGUGAUAUCCCUGAAAUUGUGAGGAACACUGUCAGCUUCGAAGACGACCCCACAUUGCCCGUUAUCACAUUUCGAGCAAUCUUGCUUUCUGCUAUCUUCUGCACCAUUGGAAGCGUCAUCUCUCAGAUCUCAUACUUCCGUACUACCACCGCUGCAUUCCCCGUCUUCUUUGUGAUUCUGGCAUCACACCCCCUUGGAAAGUUCCUCGCCAAAGUCCUUCCCGCAUGGACAGUACCUCUAGGGCGCUUCUCCUUUAAUCUGAACCCUGGACCUUUUUCAGUGAAAGAGCACGUUAUCAUUGGUAUCGCAGCCAACGCGGGAAGCCAGGGGCAAUGGGCAACUUUCUUGCCCACAAACGCUGCCUUGUACUACAACAUCACCAUGAACCCCGCCAUUGCUCUGUUUUUCGGAUGGGGAUCAGCUCUUCUGGGCUUUUCAUUCGCGGCCAUGGUUCGACCUAUUCUGAUCGACGAUCCGAAAUUCGUCUUCCCUCUGUCUAUGCAGCAGGUCACGGUCUAUCGAAGUAUCCAGGGAACGUCUGAGCUGCAUCUUGCGCGAUCGCAAAAGCAGAUGAGAGUCUUCUGGAUUAUCUUUGCUGUCAUGUUCACCUGGCAAUUCCUUCCCGAAUUCGUCUUUCCAUUCGUCGCCGCCCUCGCCCCCUUGUGCUGGUUUGCGCCCCACAACCACAAGGUCAACUUCCUCGGUGCGGGUCGAGGUGGUGUUGGACUCUUGAACAUUACCUUGGAUUGGACCAAUAUCACGUCUACUGUCAUCACAUACCCGUACUCUGUACAAAUCACGAUCUUUGCUUCCUUCGUCAUCAUGGUCUGGAUCUUGAUCCCUAUCGCAUAUUUUGGCAACCUUUGGGGGUCACCUACUUGGAACAUCAUGUCCAAUGGCGUUUUCUUGGCGAAUGGCACGACCUACCCUUUCAACAGUCUUCUGGACACAGACGCCUCCGGGUACCAAGUCUUCAAUGAGACCAGGUAUGAAGAAAUCGGCCUCGCCUACUCCGGAGCUCAGUACCUCUGGAACGUAUUCAUGUGGUACGCCUCGUACAUCUCUUCAUUUGUAUGGUGUGGCCUCUUUUUGGCUCCCACUCUCAAGCACGUCUACAAGUCCUUCCGUAACAAGCGACCGGCGCACACUGACCGCUUGAGUCGGCUCAUCGCUAAGUAUCCCAAAGUGACUUGGUGGGAAUGGGGACUCCUCAGUUUGAUACCGUUCUUCAUGCUCUUGGGAGUCAUUCUCACGAAAAAGCUCUACAUGUCCACCUGGACCUACUUUGUCGGCCUUGGUUUUGGUGCAGCCGCGAUGCUGCCCAUGUCAUUGGUGUACGCACAGUCUGGCUAUUCGAUGAAGGUGGGUAUCUUCAACGAGUUGAUUUAUGGAUAUAUGAUCGAGGCUCCUGGAUCUUCUCGUCAUCCCCUAGGUCAGCUCGCGUAUCGUAUCAUCUCUGGCAAUGUAUGGUACGAUGCCCGUACUGUACUGGAAGACCAAAAGAUCGGCCACUACUUCCACAUUCCUCCCCGCCAAGUCAUCGGCAUUCAGGUACUCGCAAACAUGCUUGCCAUCCCUGUCAACUACGGUGUCAUGCGCUGGGUCAUUGCUAGCAAGUUUGACUAUGUCAGUGGCAAGGUGGCCGAUCCGGCGGGACAGUGGACGGGUCAAGAAUUCAAGAGCUAUAACUCUGCAGGUGUGCAGUACUCGCUUGUGGGACCGACGAGGUUGUUCAAGUCGAGUGUAUACCAGCCUCUGACUUAUGGGUUCCUGGUUGGCGCCAUUGCCCCCGUCAUCGUCUGGCUUCUUCACAAGCGAUUCCCCAAGGUCCGUUUCGACCUCUUCAACACUACGAUCUUCUUCUCUGGCGCUGCUACAUUCUACGGUAACCUGAGCACUGGACCAUUCACCACGUUCAUUGUCGGAACCGUAUGGAACUUUUACCUGUACAGGUACAGGAGAAAGUUCUGGAACACUUGGGCUUAUAUCUCUGGCGCUGCUCUCGACACCGGGUUCAACUUUAACCUCCUUUUCAUCUUUAUAUUCCUCGGUACUACCGGUGUGGCGAUGAAGAAUUGGUGGGGUAACAACGAGGACAACAUUGAAAGAUGUUUCGCCCUCAGCACCUCCUAAUCUGGUGAUUGCUUUUUGUAUCUUUCAUUCGUUGCUGGGGGGGCAUAUAGCUGUGCUAGGUGGUUACUUUUGCUGAGGUAUCUUUACUGUUGAUUUCCUUCUUCUUCUUUGAUGUCUUUGGUGAAGCACUUAGUCCCGCGUACUUGUUUUAUGUUAGGGCUGACGGAGGUGGUUUACUAUUUU